CAUAUGAACAUAGCCAUCUUGUCAGGGAGGAAACAGUUGGGUUCUCGUCUUAAUAUCUUUGUUAUUCUUAAACGGUGACAUUCUGAGACGGUCCUUUCCCCUCCGGUUCCCUCGACAAUAGUUGCAUGUAUGGUAAGCGAGUAGUGAAGUGAGUGGUCACUGCGAGGGUGGGUGGGGAGGGGGGUGGUAUUGGAAAAGAUGUCUCGCUUACUUGUUCCGACGUAGGGGGAGUGUGCGGCAGCCAGUUGGCUUGACGCGCUAGCUUUUUGCGAGGGCUGCGGGGCCCUCCUCGGCCCUCAAGUAGCUCCCUCCCGUAGCGGUGGAAUACGCUCUAUGACAACGGCACCUACUCGGGAAGUCUAACAGACAAGGCAGGCAAGCCGCCCCCGGACUUUGAGACAACUCCGUCCGGCAAGUGGACGUCGUCUGAGUCGUGAGUCGCGAGUCGCAUCCGGAGACGCGAAAGGGAUGGCGCAGAUUCAUCUCGGUUCCACGUAAUCCUAAAAUAUAUCGAAGUAUGCCAUUUUAGAUACUAUAGUCCCUUUUAACCCCGGGUAAAUUAAAAAAGCUCGCCCGAUGGACAUAGUUAAUUUGCAUGCUGUGUGAUUGUUAGCCUGUCUUUUUCUGGUGGAGGAGGAUAGAGACACACUCGAGGUGAGGAAUCGGUCUGCAACUAUGUCGAAAAUGCCGGCCAAGAAGAAGAGCUGUUUCCAGAUCACAAGUGUGACUCAGGCCCAGGUGGCUGCUAUAGCGGCCACAGAUGACACGGAGAGCCUAGAGGACCCGGACGAGUCGCGCACAGAGGAUGUGUCGUCUGAGAUGUACGAGCCAGCAUGUGACAGGACUAUGUCUGAAGAAGUGCCGAAUAACACCGGAGAACAAGAGGCGACAGGAGUCAUAGCGCCUUCGCAGUUACAUCACUUCUCUGUGCUGUCAGUAAAUCCGCUGGGGGAGUUUCGGAAAGCACCCGUGGCUGGUCCAGUUCAGCAGGCAGCUGGAAUAGGCAGUACAGCCGUCUUACCCCUUGUCACACAGCAACAAGUGGCCUCAACCUCCGGUUCCGGUCCGGUCAUUGUGUCCAUAAAUGUAUCCCAACCUGCUACAGUGCCCAGUCCAGGUCCUCCUCCUCCUGCCACAUCCACAGUGACUUGUACUUCCCGUUUUAGGGUGAUCAAACUUGACCAUGGUACUGGAGAACCCUUCAGAAGAGGCCGGUGGGUGUGUACAGAGUUUUAUGAGAAAGAGUCUGAUGGUUCUGUUGUGAAUCGGACUAUUGAUGGCACGAGGCGAGACAUCAGCGCAAUGCCAGAGACUGGCGCAGACAAAGACAGUGGGGUUGGGCAUACCAGCGGUUCUGUAGUUGUCUUGGCGCCACAGUCCACUCAGGCCUCCGGAGCGUCACCAGAUGUCACCCGGGUGCAUCCAGCGGAGAUGUCGGCACAGCAGAAUUUCAUCACUCGGCAACAUCCUGUCAGUGGGUCUGGCCUGCAGAUAAUGUUCACUGGUAGCAAGCCUACAUCUGUCCCAGUUCAGCCUGUGGUGGUGACCGUCCAGCCCGCUGCCCCCCAGAGCAUCAGCAAUGGAUUGCCUCACAUGCAGAAGGCCAGCUUGCCUCCGUCAGGCCAGACCCAAGCUUACCAACUCUCCAUGGGACACCACCUAACUGGCCCAAACCAGACCGAAUGUUAUGAACAACAACCUGGACUUGCCACCGGCCAGUCACUUUCAGUAUCAAAUCAGUCCACAGGGGGACAGACAAUGGGACAAAUAACCUCCCCCUCUAUGCCUCAGGGGUCUUCCAUGCCCGUUGAUUUUGGGGACGUCGCUGGCGUUGGAGCGGUCCUUCCUGGACAGAGUCCUCCAAGUCAAACCAGUGGAAUGGGAAGUGUUGCUGGCUCAGCAUUGGUUGGUGGAUCAAUUCAUGGUCAAUACGCCACUACUGGACAGCCCAAACCCCACGGCCUCCACCCCACACCCUCUGUUGUGCAAAAUGUGCCUGUCACUGCAGCGAGCUCCGGGAUGCCCCCCAUUGUGCCUACUGCUGUGUCCAGUACAUCCAGUGCAGCCGUGCCAAAGGUGACAGCCGCUAGUUUGACACCAGGUCAGAUUCCCCAAGGCAAAACACCAGGAGCGUUGGCAAGUCACAGCCUCUUUUUAGCCGGAUUUGGACAGGUAGAAGGAGGUGCUGUAAGGAAAUCUGAUGGGAUUGUCGACGCACAGUCAUUUGGGAAGGAACUGGUAAAGCCUCUCAUGCCUGAGAGCCUGCAGCUAGCCACACCAACUGUCAGCAGCCUGUUUGGAAUCCCCAUACCAGUCGACGGGGAUGAGGACAGUGCCUCUGGAACCAAUAUUGUUGCAAUUGAUAAUAAAAUAGAGCAGGCCAUGGACCUGGUGAAAAGCCAUCUGAUGUACGCUGUACGUGAGGAGGUGGAGGUCUUAAAGGAGCAGAUCAAAGAGCUCUUCGAGAGGAACUCUGUGCUGGAGCGAGAGAACGCGGUGUUGAAAUCCCUGGCGAACAGCGAGCAGCUCUUGCAGCUUCCUGCCCAGUCAGCGAGUGGGUCGGCAGGCCCGACACCGCCAGCCCCUCAAGCCUCGCAGCCACCCCAGCAGCUGGCGGCUGGGCUCCCGCCUCAAGCGCAGCCUCUGCUCCAGCAGCAGCAACACCCGAAGGCGCCGCAGAUUCAUCCGCAGCUCGACGCAGGCCAACAGCAACCCAACGUCACCUCAGCUUGAAAAACAUCGCUAUGGGUGCAGACAACCACAAGAUCAUUUACAAUUAUAGUCAACCCCUCAAUUCACGUGGGAUAGGGACAGAGUCCUGCUGCCAAUGGUCGUGCCAACUCAGAACUUGAGUCUCAUUUCAAACACAUCUUAUAUUUUUUCCCUUUGAUAUAAAUGGUUUACGGAUGAAUUUUUGAUUCAAAAUGCACUGGCGGUAAUAAUAACGUCAUAAUUAUACAGCCCCUCUAAAAAUGUGUUGAACUGGGGAGGUUCCAUGACACAGAAUGAUACCCACAAUUGCAAAUACCAAGGUGUGUUAGAAAACGGGAAGCAACCCGUAACAACAAAAUUGAAAACAAUGACAUGAAAUGAAACAUUAGUUCAUAAAAAGACUCCCUGCGAACAACCCAAGCUAAACUCGUAAUGCCAGUCAUGUCUGAAGUCAAAAUACACUAGUCAUAAAAAACUUUAGGAUAUUGGGCUCUAACAAGGAGCCUCGCGGCACAGUUCACAACAGGUGUUUGAUACAUGAACAUUUCCAACUUUGUCCACUUCAAUAUCAUUCUGUGAUUUUUAUUUUUAUUUUUUUUUGAAUUUUUUUUUUCCAGACUCACAAUUGCAACCCGUUGACGAGACCACAGCAAGACUCCAGAUAGGAUGUCCUCAGAUUGGAAUGUGACUGGGGGAAUCACAAAAAAGGCACGGAAGACAUCGUUGGAAAUUCUUAUCCAUCAAACACUGUCGAACGUGCAGUCGUACAUUUUAGGGCUCAUCUUGAAAGCCCAAUGUCUCUUAACUUUUCAUGAAUACCGUAGCAUAAUUUCUUGACGUCAAUUACUACUAUCACAUUACCCAGGGCCUUGUUCGAAUCUUUUGGCGUUACAAAAAGAGCACAAAAAUAGACCGAAAUACACAGUGUGUGUGUGUGUGUGUGGGGGGGGGGGGGCGGUCGCUGUAGUGUCUGUGAAAUUUACAGGAAAAAAAGUUUUAAGAAACUUGUCCUCUUAGCCACCAGCUUGACCACAAAGUACAGUGCGUGUGUGUAAGUGUAUGAGUGAGUGAGCGACAGAGACUAGUCUUUGAAUGUAUGUGCGUCUGUCCUGCGGGCCUUUCCAGUGUUAAUGCAAUCAUUAGGAGACAGAAUUGCGUCAAAGAUGGAGAAGUCAAGAGUGGCUUUCUGGGCGUCCAAGACUGAUCUGAGACCUGCCCAGAUCUGUAAAGCAGAGGAUAAAGGGAGGGGCUUUGCCUCACAUUAAGGGACAAACGAUUGUUUGAAAAGAGAAAAAAAAAAAUCUAUUUUUUUAAGACAAUCAAUUGUGGGUAAAGAGGGUGGGGGUGCAUUUUAGCCUUGCUGAAUCCUUGUGUAGAAAGAAAUGUCUUCUGGAGUGCCACCUCUGCCGUUACUUGUACAUCAACCCUUGCAUCAGUCUUUUUGACGUCUGCUGUCAAGUGUUUUUAUUUAUUACAGGGGCUGCUAUAUUCAUAAAUGGAUUGAAUGAAACUAUGGCCCUCUUGUUGUUUUGUUUUUAAGUGUUUGGAAAAAAAAAACCUUGGCAAAAUCUCCUCGAGGUGGGCAGUGUUUUAAGUUAGUGGUUCUCAAACUGGAGUAUCGAGACACCAAGGGAUCUGAAAGCCAUUUCCAUAAUUGUGUGAAAAAAAAUGAAAAACUCACAAAGUUAAAUUUUUAGCAAACUUGUAUUUUUUUAAGUCAAAGAUGACUUGGGAAAUUUUACUAUUUGGCUAACCGUAAUGGGGAAACAACUUCCAGUAAAAUAAACGGAACAAACCAGUGACUCCUGCCCACCUACCCUAGUUUGGGCUAAGAAAAAGCUCUGAUAUGAUCAUGACAUCACAUAAAUCUGAACAAAAACAAAACGUGUAUUACUUCAAGAUCAUGGGACAAAUGAGCUGCAGAUGUGACACCCCAACAUCUGCAUCUUACAAUGUAAGAUGUGAGAAAAUUUAACUAUGUGCCAAAGUUGAGCUCGUAGGGUACCACUGUUAAGUCCUAAUUUUUUUUUUUGGGGGGGUGACUGCAAAAGAAAAUGUGUAAUGUUAUAAGGAUAUUCUUCUUUUUAAAAAUCACUUUGCUUUGAUUUUAAUAUCAUAUUGUGGUGGUGCAACUGGUUCGAGGGUUGGCCUCACAGUUAUGGAGGCCAGGGUUCACAUCCUGACCCCGCCUGUGUGAAGUUUGCAUGUCCUCCCUGUGCCUGAAUGGGUUUUCUCCGGGCACUCAGAUUUCCUCCCACAUCCCAAAAACAUGCAACGUUAACUGGACACUCUAAAUUGCCCCAAGGUGUGACUGUUGUCUGUCUCUUGUGCCCUCUGAUUGACUGGCAACCAGUUCGGGGUAUACCCCGCCUCCUGCCCGUUGACAGCUGGGAUAGGCUCCAGCACUCCUUGCGACCCUUGUGAGGAUAAGCGGCAAAGAAAAUGGAUGGAUGGAUGGAUGGGAACGAGCCAGAGUGGGAAUAGCGAAAACUUUGAAAAAUUUUGGUAAAUCAGGUCAAAGCACUUCUUCCCGGCAUGGGUGAUUGGCAAAGAGGACUGUCAAAACUAAACAUUGAACAAUGUGUUUUUUAAAAAUAAAAUGUCACCGCAGAGCUACCAAACAAGACAAUAUCCAAUAUUCAGGCUUCAUUUCUUUACAUAUAUUUGUACACAUAAAUGAUAUAUGAUGGAUUUGACUUGUCUGAAGACACCAGCCAUAAAGAAGAAGAAUUUUAUCACAUUCUUUUCAACACAAUCAUGUCAUCAAACUGUCAUCAUGCUCGUUAGUGUAACACACAGGAAGUCCACUAAUGUGUUUUCCAAAUUUGGUCACGUGAUUUUUGGCAUUUAGAAGAUUGAAGCUCCUUUAUAAUCGCCAUGUAUGGAAAAAAAUAAAUAAAUCAGCAAGGAAUAGGCUGCACCCCACAGAAAAUCCAUGAAUGUGUGAGGUUGUGAAUGCUGCACUGUCUUUCUUAUUUUAUUAAGAUUUUAGGCUGACAAAAUAUUUGUGCUGGUAAAGUUUUUCUUGAAAAAUUGCAGUUUUUUUCUUUAAAAAUUACAGCUAUUCUCAUAACAUUACACAUUUUAUUCGUAGUUUAUUUUGGGAAAAUGACAACUUUUUAAUUCCUGUGGCAUUCAGGGAAGUGUCGAGGCACAAACUUAACAGAAAAAAUGUCACGGCACACCACCGAACAAAAAUAUUUAAAAAUGGAUGCAAAAGAUUAUUUACUUUCUAUCCGUCACUGGCAUAGAAAAUCAAACAAAGAUAUAAUAUUUGAAGUAAAAUUUUUCCCAAUUUUGUGAAAUUGGAUCAUUUCCCACAGCCUUUUGACUUCAUGGCACACAGGUUGUGAAUCACUAAUUUGGGGUACACAUUAGCUAUGUUUAGUUGGCAUUAUGAUUAUUAUGAGGGGGUCCUUGGAAAAAAGUUCAAGAACCCAUGCUUUACAUGCAAUAGUAAAAAGCCACAUGGAAUUCUGACCAAUCUUAAACACUAACUCAAAUUUCAUGCUGCAUUUGUUAAUUUUGAGUUAUUUAGACUCAUUAUGAAUGUAUAUUGUAAAAAUCUGUUCUGGAGCCCUGUUGGCCAAAAGUGACUCCGCAUCAUGUACCCCCCCCCCCCCUCCCCGUGUAAAGCUGUGAAAUCAUCCAAUCUACUUUCUAACCAAAGAUGUACCAAUUAAUUACUUUUUCAAAUGAACACGUGUGCACUACUUGGAAAAUGUUUGGGAUACUUGGCUUUGGGGUGAAAUCUCAGAAUGUAGCCACUGACACACACUGCAGGUUUCUCAAAACAGGGUCUUCUCAAUUCUCAAGAAUGUCCUCUUCUAUACCAUUCUGUCUCUUUGACAACAUGCUGGAGACUGUUUUUUAAGAUCAGUGGAGACUUCCCCUUGAAAUCUGUUCAGAGGAAAGUGGCCACUGAUCUUAAUGUGUCAAAUGUUGCACCACAGACAGGAAGAGAGAAAAGGCAUACAAGUGCUGUCCUUGUCUCUUCCUUGUUUGAGCAAGUUGUGCAUAAAGUACAGUUGGACAUCCAAAUGUUAAGAAGAGGUCACCUCCGUAGGAUCUGCUGCAUUUUGAGUUCAUCCUGGAAUUUCACCUGACCAAUAUUCUGAAACGUUUUGUAACUAGUGUGUGUUUUUUUUUCCUCUUAUGACUCCAUCACAAAAUAAUUGUUGCCAUUCAGUAUGUUCGGUCACCUUCAUAUGACUUUCUUACCUCAUUUUUAUUUAUCACUCUGAUUGGAAGACAGUCUCUGAGUAAGUGGGGUGAGGGGAGGGGGGUUGGUUGGGGUUAUGGGGUAGAUUUGGGGUUCUGAAAAUGGAGUUGAAUCACGCAGCAGAGUUGGCGCCAGCAGUGAGAAAAAAGGAGUGAUUAUGGACGCUAAUCACACAUAAUGAAGUGAGCCAUCUUUUGUUUGUUGAAAUGGUGUUUGAAUUUCAUAUGCCAAUAGUUUUGUUACAUUGCAAAUUUUAUUGUAUUUAAAUAAAAGCAAUAUUCAAAUUCCA